GCACAAUUUGCGCACCUUAUUAUAGGACGUGAAAAUCAAAAGGCAGAUGGCAAAUAAAAUUGAAGUAAUCAUUUAGCUAUGGUUGUGCGCGAUGCUUCCGAUCUCCUUUGCGCAGGACUCAAACAUUUGUCAAACACAUACAAAAGCCGAUGGCUACAAUAUCGAUGAUUCUGCCAGGAACUUAAUUUUGGAUAUUCAUAAUCAAAAAAGGCAGGCGACAGCUAAGGCUCAGUAUAGAAAUGGCCGCAACAACUUCAAUAUAAGACAUGCAAAAAACAUGAUGGAAAUGGAGUAUUCGUGCCAGAUGGAAGAGGAUGCACACCUAAUUGCUUCGAAAUGUAAUAGACAAGAAACCCCUCGAACAUCACUUGUGAAUGGUGAAAAUUUCUAUAAAAUCGACAAGUCAUUCGAACUAAUAGGAUCACCCACAAACGUAGCAUAUACAGCCGGAACCGCAUGGUUUGAAGAAAUUACGAAGAAUGGCAUUAACCGAAAUCUAGACUUCACUAAGUUUCUUGCAAAUAAGAAACCUGCACUGUAUCACUGGACUCAAAUGGUAUGGGCUGAAACGUACAAGAUCGGCUGUGAUAUAGGAGACUGCGGCGACUACACAAUCCUAGUGUGUCGUUACAGUCCCAAGGGAAAUGUGAUAAGCAAGAAGGUUUACCAGCCCGGUAAAAAAUUAGCUUGUACACUCGGAGAAUCUCAGUCGUAUGCUACUCUCUGCAACCAUCCCCAAGAAGAAGAACAACUUUGAAGUGACAGUAACUCUAGUGCAUUUUUCUGUGCUUUUCGAUUUAUUUUCGCAUUGUAUUUGG